AUGCCGGAGCCCAGGCCCGCGGUGGCCGCGGCUCCCACGCCGCCUGCCGCCCGCGAGAACCCCGCCCUUUCGGCCUGCCGGAAAUGGUUCUGUGUCGACGUCACUUCCGCUCACUGGCCUCCGGCUGAGCGUGGAGCUCCGCCCCCCUGCACGUGGCUGAGCGGCGCGAGGAAGGCGGGACGCACAGACCCUCCGGAGCCCCGCCAGCCGCGCCUGCGCCCUGCGAUAACAGAGGCUUUCGGAUCUGCACCGCAGAGCGAUAACUUCGGCCUGCAUUUCACGGAUCAUGGUAUCGACUCAGGGAAAAGCCAAGUGGCAGAGUCACACUCGAGCCGGGAUCCCUGUGGCCCAGAGCCCGACCGUCACACUGAUUGCAAAACUACCUUAAGAACUAUCGCAUUAUCCACCUCACCCUUUGAAUUAUUUCCUCUCCAGGCCAAAGAGAGAAGCCAUCACCACGGCUUUGAUGCAGACCGAGAUGCCAAAAAGCUAUACAAAGCCUGCAAAGGAAUGGGAACGGAUGAGGCGGCCAUCAUCGAAGUCUUAUCCAGUAGGACAUCAGAGCAGAGGCAACAGAUAAAGCAGAAGUACAAGGAGAAGUAUGCCAAGGACUUAGAGGAGGUGCUCAAGAGUGAACUGAGUGGAAACUUCGAGAAGACGGCUUUGGCCCUUCUGGAUCGGCCCAAUGAGUAUGCGGCUCGGCAACUGCAGAAAGCAAUGAAGGGCCUGGGCACCGAUGAAGCCAUGCUCAUAGAGAUCCUAUGCACAAGAAGCAACAAGGAAAUCAUCGCCAUCAAAGAAGCUUACCAAAGGUUAUUUGGCAGGAGCCUUGAAUCUGAUGUCAAAGAUGACACAAGUGGGAACCUGAGAAAGAUUCUGGUGUCCCUGUUACAGGCCAAUCGCGAUGAAGACGAUACUGUGGACAAAGAGUUGGCUGGUCGGGAUGCCAAAGAUUUGUAUGACGCAGGCGAAGGCCGCUGGGGCACCGACGAGCUGGCCUUCAAUGAAGUCUUGGCCAAGAGGAGCUUCAAGCAGCUUCGUGCCACCUUCCAAGCUUAUCAGAUUCUCAUUGGCAAAGACAUGGAAGAAGCCAUUGAAGAGGAGACAUCAGGAGACUUGAAGAAGGCCUAUUUAACUAUAGUGAGUUGUGCCCAGGACCUUGAGGGCUAUUUUGCUGACCUACUCUACAAGGCCAUGAAGGGUAUGGGGACAGAUGAGGAGACGUUAAUUCGCAUCAUUGUGACCAGAGCAGAGGUGGACCUGCAGGGGAUAAAAGUCAAGUUCCAGGAGAAGUAUCAGAAGUCACUUGCUGACAUGGUUCGCUCGGAUACCUCUGGGGACUUCCAGAAACUGCUGGUAGCUCUCUUGCACUGAUCCACGCCUGAGGAGAAACCCCCCA